UUUUCUUUUCUUUUUUUUUUCUACUCCACAUUACACACUAUACACACAGUUAUAUAUAUAAAUACAAUACAAAAUUUAUCAUCUUUACUCACAUGUCUUCAGUAGCUGAUGUAGAUGGUUGGCUUAGUCAACUCUCUGAAUGUAAACAAUUAUCAGAAGCUGAUAUCAAACGACUUUGCGAUAAGGCUCGUGAAAUUCUCAUUAAUGAAUCCAAUGUUCAACCUGUUCGAUGUCCUGUUACAGUUUGUGGUGAUAUCCAUGGUCAAUUCCACGAUUUACAAGAACUUUUCCGUAUUGGUGGCAAUUCUCCUGAUACCAAUUAUCUUUUUAUGGGGGAUUAUGUAGAUAGAGGAUAUUAUUCAGUUGAAACAGUAACUUUAUUGGUGGCUCUUAAGGUACGCUACAAGGACAGAAUUACUAUUUUGCGUGGUAAUCAUGAAUCUCGUCAAAUCACUCAAGUUUAUGGUUUUUAUGAUGAAUGUCUUCGAAAAUAUGGAAAUGCAGCUGUUUGGAAGAUGUUUACUGAUUUAUUUGAUUAUCUACCUUUGACUGCCAUUAUUGAAGAUCAAAUUUUCUGUCUUCAUGGAGGUUUAUCACCUUCUAUUGAUUCUCUUGACCAAAUCCGUGCUCUUGAUCGAUUCCAAGAAGUGCCUCAUGAAGGUCCAAUGUGUGAUUUAUUGUGGUCUGACCCUGAUGAUCGUUGUGGCUGGGGCAUCUCUCCUCGUGGUGCAGGUUACACCUUUGGACAAGACAUUGCCGAAACAUUCAAUCAUAACAAUGGUUUGACUUUGGUAGCAAGAGCUCAUCAAUUGGUGAUGGAGGGUUAUAAUUGGUGUCAUGAUCGAAAUGUAGUUACUAUUUUCAGUGCUCCAAAUUACUGUUAUCGUUGUGGAAAUCAAGCUGCUAUUAUGGAAAUUGAUGAACAUUUGAAAUAUACAUUCCUUCAAUUUGAUCCUGCACCUAGACGUGGUGAACCUGAAGUUACCCGAAGAACACCAGAUUAUUUCCUCUAGUGAUGUAUUCAUUCAUAUAUAGUUGAUUUCAUUCCCUCUUUCCCUCCCUCUUUGUUUUCUCUUUUUUUUUUUUUUUCUUUUUUCUUUUUU